AUGGAGGAAGCCAUAACAAAUCCUAAGCUAGGAGCGUUACCUUCAUAUAAAUUUUACACAAAAUUGAUUAAUAAGGAAAAUUUAAACGAUGCCAAAAAUUUCUGUAGAGACGUAUUAAAUAGGGACGCCAGUGCCCAGGGACUUCAUAAAAUUUGCACACAACUCAUAAAAAACGUGGAAUUGGUUCGAGAUGAUAGUGAAGAUACUUUUCGCAAGAAGCAUUGUUUUGAUAUAAAUUAUUGGCUCCAUGAUGAAGUGUAUAAAGAACUUAAGUCAAAUAAUAAGGAAAGCGAUUUUCAGAAUAUAAUUGAUCUUUUUGAAGAGAUAUGGAAAAAAUUUAUUGUUCAUAGUUAUGAUGUAAAGAAAGAUAAGGAUGUGUGUUUUCCAGACAAAGCUUUAUUUAGGGAAAACUUUUUGACAUAUUUAAAACAAAUGAAGAACUUUAUGGAUUAUAUUGAAAAUUAUAAUUCCAUUAAAGUGGACAUCCGGAAUAAUACAUAUUAUGCAUGUCAAGUAUAUUUGGAUUAUCUUAAAGAGAGAAUUCCAUUAUAUUUUUCCUUUGAACCAUUAUGUACAAAGAUAGGACUUAACACUUGUACAAGUUAUAUUCAGGGUUAUUUCUCAUAUGAUCCAAGAAAAUUCUUUACUAAAUAUGAAUUACUGAAACUAUCUUUUCAAUUGCUUUGGAAUCCUUGUUAUAGAAAGGUCGCAGAUCUAUUAUAUGAUUUCCAAAAAUCACCUACAGCAUUCAAAGAAAGGUAUAAUGAAUAUGUUCAAGCUUUCAUGAAUAACCCUAAUCAUAAAAAAGUAAAUUUAGCACAAAGAGGUGAAGUGAAGCAUUCUAUUACUGCCGUAAAUUCGGAAGCUGCGACACUACCAACUGUAAGUGACUCAAAAGAACUAGCAGAAUUUUCAAGUGCAGUACAUAGCAAUGAUGGUAUUUCAGGAUUCAUAAGCGCACAGAUAUUUUCAUUAAGUAAAGUUGCUUUGUAUACAAUUUUUUCUGUAUUGGCAAUCACAAUAGUUAUAACAGUUUUAUGGAAGUUCACUUCACUUGGAAACCUUUUCUCACGAAGAAGAAAAAGAAUAAGAAGGGAGCUCCAGUAUAAUAUUUAUCUUCCAGAGGGGGAUUCAAUAUUUGACAGUUAUAAUAGUUCGAGUACUAUAUCCGAUGAAAAUGAACACAGCAUAGCAUACGGAACUAUGUAA